GUGCCCCACUGUGAAUUUCCCCCUAUGAGAUCCCCUCCCCCCACCCCCCUCCUUUGCGCCCUCGCUUCUCUCUCAGCGGCACCUUCUCCAAUCUCCGCUGCCCUUCCAACCCCACCACGUCGACCACCAACGACUACUAUCAUCUCCGCCGCCGCCGUGUUAUUAAAAGAAAAGGAGAAAGAGAUGAAGCCGCCGGCGGGUGAGGCGCCGACGGAGGUGGAUCAGCUGGAGGUGGCGCGGAUACUCCGCAAGCUCCCGAAGCUCGUCCUCGAGGCCGAGUCCCGCCGCCUCCCAGACUUCCUCCGCUGGGGCGCCCGCCGCCGCCGAUCCGCCCUCGACGACGACAUCUCCCUUCUUGAUCCCCCUCCUCCUCCUCCUCCACCCUCGAUUUCCCCUCCUCCUCCCGAUGGGAACGUCGAGAGGAAAGACGGGGACCGCGGCGGCGGCGGCGGGGCCACCUCGAGCCCCGCGACGCCGUUCUCCUUCCCAGCGAGCGGCAGCGAGGAGCCCGACGGCCGGCCCCCGCGGCCGCCCUUCUUUCCCGCCAAGGUCUUCAAGGCCACCGAGCGACACAUGGAGCGGGUCAAGAAACAGAACCAGUUGAUAGCCUCCUUAUCCGACGAAAAAGCUCGCCUCCAACGCUCAAAAACGGAGUUCGACGCCCUGUACCAGCAAUUAAAAGCAAGGAAUUCUUGGCUUCAACACCUUCAAUCCAAGGUGGCGGUACGGCAGUCGAUGGAGGAGGAAGGCCAGAGGAAGCGGCAGAGACAGCAGCAAGACCGCAGCUCCGGGCUGGCCCCGCUGAGCCCCACCACCCUCCCAUCGCCAGCCACGCGUCCUUUGGUGGACCCCCACAGCCAACGGUGGGAGAUCCAGCCGCCCCCGGUGGAUCGGAUCGCCGCCGGCGGUGGGACUCCAUCGCCCUCGGUGGCGGCGGAAGGGCAGUGGUCGGAGAAGAUUGGGGCGUUGGCUCUGAACGCGACUCCGGAGGAGGAGCAGGGGGAGUGGGAGCGGAGAAGCGCGUACGAGGCGCAGCCGAAGAAGAGAAGGCUGGAGAUGCAACGCGAGAAGAACGACAGCUAUUCUCCUUCUUUCUUUUCCAUGACUCAAAAGAUGCCGCGGUUAAGAUGACUGCUUUUUGUUUUAUUAUUAUUAUUUUAGGAUUAAUUAUUUUUGUUUUUUUUUUAAGCCCUUGCUUUUUUGGUUUAGGGCUGAAAUCGGUCCAAUUCAAAUACAGUGAUAUUAGCAAAUUCAUAUUCAUAUAUAUUUUAUUUAAUAAAUA